AGGGGGGUGUUCCUUCUCUCUCAUUUCUUGGUUUUGUUUAUCAGCCGAUCUGUUUGCUGGAUUUGGGCUCCGAAUGACCCACCUGUAAAGUGCUUUCCCUUCCUCCUCGCCUUGAACUCUGCAGGGGGCUUGGCUAGGAGGGGACAAGGGAGGGAAAGAGAGAAGGGGAAAACACAAAAAACUUCUUUCUUUCUCCCUCCGUUUAUCUUCAGCCCGACAUUGUCACCUCCUCUUUGAGGAGUUAGAAGAAGCUGAGAUCUCCCGACAGAGCUGGAAAUGCACUGCACUUUGACUAUGGAAACAGAGGCUAUUGAUGGCUAUAUAACGUGUGACAAUGAGCUUUCACCUGAAAGGGAGCACUCCAAUAUGGCAAUUGACCUCACGUCAAGCACACCCAAUGGACAGCAUGCCUCACCAAGUCACAUGACAAGCACAAAUUCAGUAAAGCUAGAAAUGCAGAGUGAUGAAGAGUGUGACAGGAAACCCCUGAGCCGCGAAGAUGAGAUCAGGGGCCAUGAUGAGGGUAGCAGCCUAGAAGAACCCCUAAUUGAGAGCAGCGAGGUGGCUGACAACAGGAAAGUCCAGGAGCUUCAAGGCGAGGGAGGAAUCCGGCUUCCGAAUGGUAAACUGAAAUGUGACGUCUGUGGCAUGGUUUGCAUUGGGCCCAAUGUGCUUAUGGUACAUAAAAGGAGUCAUACUGGCGAACGUCCCUUCCACUGUAACCAGUGUGGAGCUUCUUUUACUCAGAAGGGCAACCUUCUGAGGCACAUAAAGUUACAUUCUGGAGAGAAGCCGUUCAAAUGUCCUUUCUGCAGCUAUGCCUGUAGAAGAAGGGACGCCCUCACAGGACACCUCAGGACCCACUCUGUGGGUAAGCCUCACAAGUGCAACUACUGUGGACGAAGCUACAAGCAGCGUAGUUCACUGGAGGAGCACAAGGAACGCUGCCACAACUAUCUCCAGAAUGUCAGCAUGGAGGCUGCUGGGCAGGUCAUGAGUCACCAUGUACCUCCUAUGGAAGAUUGUAAGGAACAAGAGCCUAUUAUGGACAACAAUAUUUCUCUGGUGCCUUUUGAGAGACCUGCUGUCAUAGAGAAGCUCACGGGGAAUAUGGGAAAACGUAAAAGCUCCACUCCACAAAAGUUUGUGGGGGAAAAGCUCAUGCGAUUCAGCUACCCUGAUAUUCACUUUGAUAUGAACUUAACAUAUGAGAAGGAAGCUGAGCUGAUGCAGUCUCAUAUGAUGGACCAAGCCAUCAACAAUGCAAUCACCUACCUUGGAGCUGAGGCCCUUCACCCUCUGAUGCAGCACCCGCCAAGCACAAUCGCUGAGGUGGCCCCAGUUAUAAGCUCAGCUUAUACUCAGGUCUAUCAUCCAAAUAGGAUAGAAAGGCCCAUUAGCAGGGAAACCUCUGAUAGUCAUGAAAACAACAUGGAUGGCCCUAUCUCACUCAUCAGACCAAAGAGUCGACCCCAGGAAAGAGAGGCCUCUCCCAGCAAUAGCUGCCUGGAUUCUACUGACUCAGAAAGCAGCCAUGAUGACCGCCAGUCCUACCAAGGAAACCCUGCCUUAAAUCCCAAGAGGAAACAAAGCCCAGCUUACAUGAAGGAGGAUGUCAAAGCUUUGGAUACCUCCAAGGCUUCUAAGGGCUCUCUGAAGGACAUCUACAAGGUCUUUAAUGGAGAAGGAGAACAGAUUAGGGCCUUCAAAUGUGAGCACUGCCGAGUCCUUUUCCUAGACCAUGUCAUGUACACCAUUCACAUGGGUUGCCAUGGCUACCGGGACCCACUGGAAUGCAACAUCUGUGGCUAUAGAAGCCAGGACCGUUACGAGUUUUCAUCACACAUUGUUCGAGGGGAGCACACAUUCCACUAGGCCUUUUCAUUCCAAAGGGGACCCCUAUGAAGUAAAGAACUGCACAUGAAGAAAUACUGCACUUACAAUCCCACCUUCCCUCAGAUCUUGACAUACCUUUUAUUAUUUUUUUUUUAAUAUUACUGCCAGAAAUUCUUAUUUUGUGGACGCAGUGUCAUUUGCUCUGCCUAAUUACAAUAAGGAAGAAACAGAACAGUGAAGGGACGGGAUAUUGUUUUUGAUAACUUGGCUUGUUUAUUUUGUGAGAAUUUAAGAGCAGUUCAUUUCUGCCAUGCAUAGAUAUAAGGUAUAUCAUGCUUUGAAAAGUCACUUGAUCCGUAUAGGUUGACCUAAGAGAUCCUAAUUUGCCACUGAUAUUCAGGAGUAUGAAUGAAGACAGGAAAGUUUAGAGUUUUCUUGGUAAGACUUUCACAGUUUAAAAUAGUGUAAGUAAUUUUAGUCGUCAAAGAAGAAUUUGUUUCAAAAUGUAAACCAUUUUUUUUUCUCUCUUUCUAGAGAUCAUGGAACACAAAUCAAACGCAUUGUUAUUUUCAGUGGUAACUCCUAGAAUGAGUUGUUUUUGUGGGUUCUAUGUUUACUUCCCCUAUGGAAUUUAUAAUAUAGUAUGCUAUACACUGUACCAUAUAGCAGACUUUUGAACUACAGGUAGUUAAGGACCACCAACAAACAAUACAUGUGAGGUCCUGUGAUCUUAUUUUUCUAAACUUAAGCACUGUUUUUCCAUAGUUUUGAUGACUGGCAUUUUGUAGACACCCUGGCAGCCUUACUUUUAACACCUUUAAUGAAUAGUAUUUUUUAUCUAGUUUUCAGAAUAACAUAUGGUCUAAGAGUGGCUAAGAGGCAGGCAGUAGUUUUCAGGUAGGACUUCUACUUUUCAAAAAUUCAUCUGGAAAGUUUUGUCUUUUUUUUUUAAGUUGUAAUGUGAUGGCAGUAUAUUAUACAUAUUUGUGUCUAAAAGUAUGCUUAUGAUUGUCACUUUAUCAGCAUUUAAUCAGUGUUAACCAGUCAGCAGAAAAAUAUAAUUAGGCUAACAGUAGGGGGAAAAAAACACUUAGAAAUUCUUUUUCUGGUAUUUCUCUUUUCACUGGUUUUUCAAGCUGUGACUACCCAGUGUUCUAUCCAUAGUCCAUUCAUCUUUUACUCUUUUGAGUAGAAUGUCUUUAAAAAUCUUGCUAUAGGCUGUUUCUAACAAAAUAUCCUUGGAACAAUUGCAAAUUUGACCUGAAUGUGGCAACUUGAACCCUGUAACGUUAUUCAACUAGGGCUACUUAUUCUACUGUUUCUUCAGUAAUGAUAUUUACCAUUUUUGGUGCAAGGAAAAUUAAACUUCUUUGUCACCUGUACGUUGGACUACAGAUAAAAAAAGGAAAACAAACAAGUUUACUUUAUCCUUCUUAGAAUCUGGAACGUGACUGAACCUCCAAGGAAGAGUGACUGUGUCCUGUACAUUUUUCUAUUUCAAAACCAUUCACUUACGUAUAAUUUCUUGUCAGAAGUGAAAUCUCAGUUCCUUAAUACAAACUUUUUCUUCUUUUAAUCCAUACAUGACAUAUGGGUGAAUCUGUAUUUCAUGUGCAGAUUUUAAUUGCACUUAUGUGGGUGCUCUGUUUUUCUUUCAGUCCAGCAGUGUUAGAGGGGAGAAACCGAGUGAUACCGAUUGAACUCAUUUGGGGUGGACACAAUUGGAAGGCAUGUGUUUAGGGAGCACAGGCAUGUCUGUGACUGGAUUGUCUGGUAACCAUCUGUGAAUACUGAGAUUUUGUUAUCAGUUAAGUAACUGAUUGCUCUAGAAUAUCAUUAAUUAGGAUGCUGAAUCUAUAUUUCUUUAUACAGUGUGAUGUGAGCACUACCAAGAUUAGAGACUGUGGACAGAUAAGCAAAUCUGGCCCCAGUACUGCUGAUAACUCAUCUUCUAGUUUACCAUAUGCUUAUUUAAUCAACUUCUAAGCACUAGAGCUAGGCAAAAAUAGCUAGAACUAGGCAAAAAUCAGCUCUCUUUUAUUUGGGUUUCUAGUCCCUGUCAUUUUUUUUUUUUUUUUGAGAGAUAUCUAUUAAUUUAAUGCUGACAGAAUGCACAGAGAUAUAUGAGAUGUAUUAAAUAGAAUGUCAACUAUUACAUUUUUUUUCUGCAUGCCUUGAUAUAUUUGAAUAUGCAGUUUAUUCAAUGGGAAAGUAUGUCUUUGAGAAUCUCUCAUCCCAGCCACCCUCUCACCGUUCCCAAAUAAUAAUUGGAUUUUUUUUCCCCCUUUUGAAAGAAGGUAAAUACUUCUAAGGUCAAUGAUUUUGCGUUCUACUGAUUUAAGGAAGCUUUUCAGCCACGGUCAGUAUGUUCAUAACUUUGGCUAUGUGUAAAUUUCUUCUGGCAUCAGUCUCUGAAUUCCUGCUUUACUCCCACCCCCACCCCCACCCCAGUGAAUGAACAAUCAUGUGCCUGCUGCCUUGGGGCAAGACUGUAUGUGGAUGGACCUAAAGAGAUGUAUAGGAAGGACCUCUGAAAACAGUGCAAAUCGCUCUCCUUUUCUGAUUUCAUCUUUUUGGGACUUUUUUUACUGAAGAGAGUUAAUGUUUGUGAGAGUGUAUUUGCUACAGAUGUACCAUUGUAUUUCCUUACCUUCUGUGAUACCAGGAACAGAAAGGUAGAGAUUGCCCAGAGCGUGGCAGGGAGGGACAAAUGAGGGCAGGGUCAAUUCAGAGGUUCAGGUUAGAAAAUACUUAGUGGACAUAGUGCUUUCUGAGAAACUCUGGAUGGCUGUGUUUGCAUGCUUCUUCUUCACAAAAAGAAAUUUACAAGGUAACAAUACCUAAAAAUAGAUACAAAGGUCAGACACCAAAUAAAUCAAGUUUUACAUAACGGUUGUAUGCCCAGUUUAUUUAGGUGAGAAUUUAUAUUACAGGAAGUCUUUGAGGGGCAUGAAAAUAGGUUACCCUCUAUUUUUCAGUUUGGCAAAUAUUCAGAAAUCUAUCACAUUGCUUUGCCCUGAUUUUGCCUAGAAUUUUAUCUCCAGCUCUUGUUGGAAUAAAAGUAUGCUGCCUCUCUUUCUAAUAUAGUGAUUAAUCACUUUUAAAAAGACAUUCUAAUUGGCUUUUUGAAACAGUGAAAGUGACCUGUAGGCAGAUUGGAAGAGAUUUCAAGUUGUUAAAAGGAAACAUUCCAUAGAUAAUUUUCCGGAGGGUCAAAAUGGGAGAAUGAGAUUGGGAUUUAGACUUAGCUACAAAAUACAGUGUCCCUCCUACAUACAUAAAUACAAGGAAUUGUAUUUAUCAAUCACAGUGUGUGUGUGUGUAUAUAUGUAUAUAUGUCGUACACCACACAUAUCCAUACAUUUUAUAAAGAAAACUCAUGAAGAGAAGCAAUUAGAGUGAUCAGAUGUGUGCAAGAGCAUAAAGAGAGUUCAAAUUAUAGUUGACACCUGAGCAAUUUAGUGGGUUUAAGAAACACUAAAGAAGUUAUUAGUGUGUCUUUAUGACUAGUGGCAACUAUUAAACCCUGGGUCUUCAGAAUCUCCUUCCAGAACGAAACAAAACAAGCCAACAAAAAAAGACUUUAAGCUGAUUUAAUAUAACCUCUAAAUUGAAAGAAAUAUAAACUCCUAUUUGAGUAGGAGGAAAGAAACCGGAAAUAAAAAUUUUCAACUUUUACUUGUUGGUGAGGCUGAUAGUUUUUUUUUUAUUUAUAGAUUUUGUGUCUCAGUUGUACAUCUUGCAAAAACGAUGUAAUCUUUAUGAUAUAUUUUAUAAAUGUUUAACAAAAUUUAUAUCAGAGAAGGCAUUUACAUGAAAAUUAUUUUACUUACUUUCCAAAUUGUAUUUCGUUCUGUCUCCAAAAUAAUCCCUUAUGGCAGAAAAAGAGCAGAAGAGACUGCAAAAAUAUACAACAAAAAUCUGUAUGCUCCUAGCUUCAAGGCACGACUUAGGUUCUAAAAGGUACUGGCUACAUUUUUUUUUAACUUUGGAUUGUUCAUUUUAGAAAAAAGAAUGUCACAUGUGUGAUCAUCUUUAAUCAUAUAUAUUAGUAAGUACUAUCUAUAUGAAGAUUGUUCUAAAACAGAAAAUUCCCAAAUCCAAAAGAAAAAAACAAGUGGAGUGAAAUUUAAAUGUGUAUAAAGAAGUUACAGAUGUUUUUAACCCUCCAGUUUCUGCAAAAUAAUUAAAAUAUACAGUAACUGGGCUCUUAAGAUCCUGAAUUUAAUGUAUUAAAUACUUAUAAAAUUUCUUUAUGUUGGUGCCUUUUAAAAAUGCAUUGAGAGAGUGUUGAUUAGCCACUGUUGCUCUACAGCACUUUUAUUAUGUAUUUCUAAAAACCACUUAAAAUUGAGUACUUAUAUAAUUCAUCUCUGUGUUCUUAGGGCAGAACUGUUAGAGGGAGCCCCCAUAAUUUCCCAAUUUCAGCUUAGCUGUUUAAAGUAAAAAGAAACCUUAGAACCAGAUUUUAAUAUCUUUUUAGUUUGAUAGCUUUUCCAAAUACCAUUACAAGAUGAUGCAGGUGAAACUUGAGGUAAAGUGAGAUUAGAGCUGUGAAUCGCAUAGUAUGUGUUUUUGUUUUGUUUUGUUCUUAAGGAAGAAUCAGUUCUGUAUCAUACAAGGAUUUAUUAGUGGAACUUUCAGUUAAUAAAAUACAGUAUUGUUUUGGAAUUUCAUCCACGGACUAGUGUUGUAGUCUUGGAACUGGUGUCUUCUAACCUGUUAAUGUUUUAUGGAAUAAUGUUAAAAAGCAGGUAAUUAGUUCUCCUUGAACAAAACAAAACUGAACAGUCACAUCGAUUUGCUGUUCUCCAAAACAUAACCUCAAAUGGUCUCAUGCCGUGGUCGUGUAUUACUUGCUACGAAUGUGUUAGGAUACGACAGCUUUUAUAAAAAGGAGCUGCUGGUGAUACAAAGCAAAUGUCACGUGACCAAGAAGCUGUGAUACGCUACUGUUUCUUUUUAUCAUAGUGUAUUGCUAGGCCAAAUAAUGACACCUUGAAUAUUUUUACAUUUAUUGCAGAAACUUAAAUUUUAGAAUUGCCAUAAGGUUUUUAUGUAACAUUCUAUUUCUAGCUUUUUAGUUUUAUCUUGCUGUACUGUAAGUUUGUGGGUAUUUUUCACAUGCACCCUUGAAAAUAAGUUCAUAAUUCUAUUUAUGGGGUUUUUCUCCCAUAACAUUGCAUUUGUGUAUUUUCUGUAUAAAUUUGUGAAUUAACCUUUAUCCGUACAAAGAGUGGUACACGAAUGACUAGUUUUCUAAGAUGUCAUUUUUAUUGUGAAUAAAAUCUAAAAUUUAGAGGCCCUCUGCUAAGUACCAUAAUACAGCAUAUAACUUCAAAAAUAAAAAUAAGCCACUUUGCAGUCAAUUGGGCCUUCAAAUUACCUCAAGUGACACAGUAAGAAAGCUUCUUGAACGGGUAGAGGUCACUGAAUCCCCUACUAUGCACUUACCAGGAUUUAACUUAAUUUACUGGAAAUAGAUUUUAUAAAAAUGAAUACACUGUAAUAAGGGAAGGACUCUUUUUUUUUUUUUAAGUAGUUCAAAUUCUGAAACUGUGAUAAAAAAUUUUGACUGUCAAGCACUCUCAGAUUUUGAACGUAAAUCACUUCCCCUUCUGUGUAACAAAGCUCUCUUUGUUAUCUCUGUUAAAUUUUGUAAACUGUCCCCCAUCUCUUCCUCUCCUCUCUGUCCAUCUCCCUUCUGUCAUUGUUUCUGGAGGUCUCUGCCUUUCUUUUUUCCCCUUACUAGUUUGAACAUUAGAUCAAUUCUUAUUUCCAAUUCAUCAGUCUCUUAAGUCUUAUUUUGUUGUGUGUUUUAUUGGCUGUAUAGCCUGUUGAUGUAUUUUUAUACUCAAGUAUAGUUUUGUAUUAAAAAUAAAUAGAUGAAAAAUAGUAAGGUAUAUAAAACCUUUGUGUUACUUUAACUUUUAAAAAUUGGGUACCUAAAAUAUGACUCCAGAGAUUAUGUAAUCGUAACCUGGUACAUUUGCCUUUCUUUUUGUUGAAUUUUACAUUCUAAUUUGUUUUUUCUCCUAAAACACAUAUCAUGAGAGACUAGACAGUUUUUUGCAAGUAUUUAGAAAAAUGCUAAAAAUGUAAAACAAAAAGUCUUAACUUUCUCUCAGUUGGGGGAAAAAUGCUUUAACAUUACUAUAAUUAUAUUCCAGGUUUGGAGGAAGGGGGUCUUCAGGCCCUGUGUUUGCUCUUAAUAGUUGAACCUUUUAGACCAUGUGUUAUUUGCAAACUCAGAAUGGUUGCUUCUUCUUUUUAGUUAAAAAUAUGUUUUUCUUUUUUUUUUCUGUACAAGUGCAAUACUUCCCUUGAAGUCUUAAAAACUAUGGUUUUUCUUUUCUGGCCUAUUCUUUAAAAAAUAAACCUAAACAAACCCAUUGCUGUCGAGUCAAAUUCUGACUCAUAGUGAUCAUAUAGGACAGAACAGAACUGCCCCAUAGGGCUUCCAAGGAUAUAAAUCUUUACGGAAGCAGACUGCCAUACCUUUCUCCCAAGGAGCAGCUGGUAGGUUUGAACCACUGACCUUUCUGUUAACAGCUGAGUGCUUAUUCACUGUGCCACCAGGGCUCCUUUUUAUUCUUUCCUUAGCUAAUGACAGAAUGAAACCAUUAAAAAUCAUGUUUUUUUAAAUGACACAAUAAGUAAAAAAAAAAAAAAAAAAAGCCCACAUUCAAAUGAUUUGAGAGUGUGGAAACCAUGGGUCUAAUCUCAUGGCAUCUUUAUUUAGGCUAAAUUUCCAUUUAAAUAAUCUUUUGUCUGAGAAAUGUCUCCUGAAGUUGAAAUUCUUAAAGACUGAAUUUUCUCCUUUGACCCUUGCUCAGUGCUCUAAAUUAAGAACUUAAUAUUUUUUUAUUCAUGUCUCUGCUUUUGGAAAUGAACUUUAAAAUAAGAGCAAAGCACUUCAUUCAGUUGUAAACACGUAUCACCUAUUGGAGAAAAUUUUAAAUAUUUGGAGCAGUCCUGUUUUCAAACAAAUUUAAGUAAGGAGUAUUUUUUAUAUGAUACAUAUUUAUAUGUAGUUUUUUUAAUGCUGGUUUUCUUUCUUUUUUUUUUUUUUAAUACCUGUACCCCUGUAGUGAAACUGCUGUAAUGUAAAUACAUGUUUUGUUAAAAGAUAACAUUUCUUUGUCAUUUCUUUUAAAGACAGUUACUGCAUUUGUACAGUAGCUAUGUGUCUUGGCCAUUCUAGAUUGUUUUUUCUUUAACAAUACCAAAGGUAAUUAGACUGUUUUAAAGACUAAUUGCUUUACAGUUUCUAGGAUAUUUUGAGUUUUAGAAGCAAAGAAAAAAAUAAUAAUAAUAGGUCAAACCAGUAAACCUCAUUUUUUUUUUCAAACUAAUAAUUUGGAGAAAAUAAAAACUAUUGUUUUAAACAGAAAUAUAUAUAUAAAUAUAUAUAUGUAAAAUUAAAAUUUCAGACCUUGUAUGUCAGGUUUGCUCAUUGUAAUGUAGUUUUUUAAGGCUCAAAUUACCAUACCUCAGAAAAUGAGGUUUACGAUGGAAAUACUGAACAGUCUUUGCAGCUGUGUGACAAGUCACCCCUGGAGACCUCCACUAAACAGUUUUAUCACAGCAGACUAAAAUGUGGGACUUGUAUUUUCUUUGUUUUUAAUGCACACGCAUACAUGUUUUGUGCAUGUAUGUGGGUACUGUGUAUAUGUGUAUGAGUGCUGUAUAUGCAUGUGUGAGUGUGUAUCCGUAUGUGUGUACAACUAAAGCUGCAGAAACUUUGUAAUACUUUGUGAAAAGGAUUAUAUUAUAAAGGUUUGUACUGUCUGAGUGCACAGCUACUGGAAUAAAUUUAGGGAAUCUCAGGAACAAGCAUAUAAUUUGUCCAAGAUUUAUUUCUUCUCAGAAGUGUAAGUGCAGUUUUUAAUUCUGUAUAUUAUUUAAUAUUUUACCAAUAAAAAUAAACUUCUGACAUAAAAAGUUUGCUAUAAAAACUUCCUGGUGAAAAUUCUGUACACAAACACCUCUUCCAAAUACAGAUGACUAUAUAAUGUUGAAUGGUAUCAGGUUAAUUUAUCAUUGCUCUUGUGUAUCGGUGCCACUUCUUGACCCAUGAUUUGCAGACAUGUAAAAUCAGUAAUCUUUAUCUCAGUCAUUAGUCCAACAUCAUCGUUACUAUGGAAUCCACCAUACCAGAGUACAGUGCAUUCCAUGAUUUGUUAAGAAUGACAUCUCUUUGCUCUUUGGUUUUCAUACAUGUAUUACCCUUAAACCCAAUCUAAGUGGUAUGUAUGUGAGAUCCUUUCCCCUUUUUACAGAAGUGACUUGCUCAAAAGUAGAUACAGAAGUACACAAGUGGUCCACGUAAUGGUCAAUAACCGUAUUAGAAAUCAGUAUUUCUUAGGAGUGAGACCAAGAAAGAAUAAGUUUUAAGUCUUAGAGAUUGUUUAAUUACACUGGCAAAAACUUGGGUGACUGUCCUGCUUCAUGUUGUACUGCUAUUGUGUGAGUCACAGACUUCUCACUCAGAUUCCAGAAUGCAGUAUAUCUUUUGCCAGAAAAAAAGUUUGUUCUGUUGCAAACAUCUUCAUAACCAGAAAUGUCAAAAGGACACGUAUUGCAAACCCUUUUUAUUUAGCUUUAGCUAUCUGCUCCUCCCCCAUGCAAGUUUAAAGCACACCAUCCCCUUUGAAAGAGCUAUCAGAGUUUUUCUUCCUGGAUAAGUAUUUACAAAAUUCCAUGGAUAUUUAUCACAUUCCCCAAUAAUUUCACUUCCAAAUGCCACAAAGAAUGAAAAAUGCUACAAUCUGAGUGAACUUUUCUUCCAUAACCAUCUCUGAAUUCAAAAUACUAACUUAAGGGGGAAGAGUGCAAACAGGGAGAGCAGAGAGGCAAAAAGGAUGAGAUUACCGAAUUACUCUUUAGUAUUGAGUUUAUGACAGUUCCCUUCAAAAUCAGCAAGAAAUAUUUUACCAUUUCUUGUGAUAUUAACAAGAGCCAAAUGAGAAGUAUUUUUUGAAAACUUCUCAUAUACUCCUGAAUUUUUUAUUGCAGUAGAGUCAGAAUCGAUAAUUAAAAUCAGUAUGAUUGGAAGACUUUCUUAUCAACAUACUCAAACCAAAGGAAUGCUGUUGGAGUGUGGGUCACAUGAUGAAGUUCAUUUAGCAUUUUAGCAACUCUGCCUCCUGCCCUUAGAGGUUGUAAGAUGGACGUGAAGUCCAAAUGAUUAAUGCACUCAGCAGCUCCUUGAAAAUUUGAAGGUUUGCAUCCACCCAGAGGUGCCUAGAAAGAAAGGUCUGGCAAUCGUCUGAAAAAUCAGCCAUUGAAAGCCCAAUGGAGCACAGUCCUAUCCUAACACAUGGGGCCACCAUGAGUCAGAAUCAAUUUCAUGGCAACUGGUUUAGGUUUAAGAUUAACAAAUUAAACUUUCAGCAAAACCUCAUGUUUUGUUAAUAGCCCUACUGAAAGUUCCCAGUGUGGAUAUUUAAUUUCUCACUGAAGGACCCAACAAGAAGAACAAUUGGUAAAUGAGGAUUUUGCUGCUUUUCUCCAGUUUAGCCAAUCAUCUGAGGAUGGUGCUCCUAUAAACUAGCGUAACAAGCAGACAGGAGAAAUUGAUGAAAAAAAGUGAUUUGGAUGUCUGUAAUCCCAUAUAAAAAAGGGGGAUGAAAAUGGGGAGAGAUCCUAGAAAAUAUAUGCUCUGCCUGAGAAAAAUAAAUGUGUUAGCUUUGUUCUCAGCUGAUGCUUUACAGCCUUGGAAUGUAUCUUGGGUGAGAUCAACUGCCUCUAAUUUGAAAUUUGUCAGGCACAGGACAAAUCUCAGAACAGUAAAAAGAGAUGCUGCCCAUAUUGGUGUUGAGUUGUUUGUUCCAGCAACCCUUAGAAGACUGGUGUGAGCCUGAUCAUCAGAACAGUUAGAACAUUUGUGAAGAAACAAGAUCUUUAAGUCCUUUGUUACCAAGGAAUGAUACAUGGUAUUACCAUUUGGAAUUUCUUGGCUUUGACCUGAGAAGAUUCCCCGUCUUCAGGAAUGGUUACGCCUAUCAUCAUGUUCUCCUUGUCUUCUACAAGAGAGAAGACACGGUGAAGAGCACCAUACGAUGGAGGCAAAGAUUGGAGUGAUUUAGCUAGAAGCUGAAGAAUGCCAAGGGCUGCCAUCAACCACCGGAAGCCAGGAGAGAGGCAUGGAAAAGGUUAUCCUUCAGAGCAUCAAGAAGGAACACAAAACUGCCAACACCUUCAUUUUGGACUUCUGGCCUCCGAACUGUGAGAGAAUAAAUUUCUGUUGUUUGAACCCACUCAGUUUGUGGUAAUUUAUUAUGGUAAUACUAGGAAAAUAACACAGGAUGAUGCCCAAGUUUCUGGCUUGGAAAUCUGAAUACAUGGUGGUGCCAUAUACUAAUAUCAAAAAUAUGAGAGUGAAAUAGAUUUGAGGAGAGAUGAUGAUGAACAUACUGACAAUGUUCAGUGUGAAAUAUCAGUGUGACAUUCAAUGUCUCAUAAGAAAUUGGAUAUACUGGGUUAAUAUCCAGAGAAAGAUCUGGGCUUGAUAUAUAGAUAUAUAUAUACAUAUAUAUAUGUAUAUACAUAUAUUUGGAAACCCUGGUGGUGUAGUGCUAAAGUGCUACAGCUGCUAACCAAAGAGUUGGCAGUUUGAAUCCGCCAGGUGCUCCUUGGAAACUCUAUGGGGCAGUUCUACUCUGUCCUAUAGGGUCACUAUGAGUCGGAAUCGACUUGACGGUACUGCGUUUGGUUUUUUGGUGAUACAUAUAUUUACAUGGUAAUUAAAGCCACAAAAUUGAUGGGAUCAUAUAAAGAGAGUAGACAGUGAAAAAGAGAAGGUUAACGUCAAAUUCAUGGGUUUAAAGUAUAAAGUAUAAGAAGAGUUCUAUUAAGAAACUCACACUUCAUUAGAAAGAAUGUAUCUUGUAUAAAGCUGACUACACAGAAAAACUGUUGCCAAGGGUCAAAACAGAGGUACACAUUGCCUGCUGUGGGAGAAGAUUGUGGGGCCAGGAAUAGUCUCGUUGAAAAGAUUGAUAUCCGAGAGAGAUUUUGGAAUUUCUUUUUUGGGGGGCGGGGAGGAGUACGUUUUCAGAAAGACAAUUAAAAAGUUAGGUUGACAUCAUGUUACAGCAGAAUUUUAAGGGAAAUGUACCUCAGCUUCCAAUUCCUCUUUAAUGUGUCUAAGAAAGAGAAAAAGAACAGCAGAACAAAAGAGCACAAACCUCUGAAAACAUAGGACAGUUCUGGGUCCAGAGAGUCAUAUGAUACCUCAGCCAGGGUAGGAGGUGGGAGUCUAGUGAUAUGUGUCUUUUGUAUCCUGAACAUUUGAGCGGUUUCUUAUUUCCCUUUUUGAUAUAUAGGGUAAACAAAUAUUUUAAAUUAUUUUCAUUAUGAAAGUGGUAUGUUUAAGUAUAAGAAAUAAGCAUAUGUUUACAGGUACUUAUUUGAAUGUGUCAUGCAUUAUCAUCUUUUUUUGAGCUGGAAGCUAUUGGAGAUCAUCUCAGUUUACAGAGAUGGAAACCGAGGUGCUCAUCGUGAGGCUUUUGCUGAAUUUAUUAUUACAAGCCUUUUUUCUGCCCAACUAGUUAAUCACAUGACUGGGGUUUCAUCACAGUCAGAUGAUGCUCAAGGUCACACUGAGAGGCAGGAUGUACAGUUUUAGAACAACUCUGCAGACCCCGCACAGCUUUUACACAAUCUCUUCAACUUACGUAGGCUUCUCUGGGACCGUUUUCUAACCACAAUCUAUUACUGGUCUUUUGGCAACCUGCAGCUUUGUAGUAAAAUUAACUAAGUUUUCCCAUUUAUUAUCAUAUAGGUCUUCAAUUACCCACACACAUGGAAAUUAAUUUGUGACAUAAAUAUAUGAUUCCCAAGUAGAUUUUCAUUAUUAAUUUCACAGGCUACAUAGGAAGGCAUUUUGUAAACAUGAUAUAAAAAGAAUCUUUUACUAUCAAAUCAAAUCAAAUUACAACAUAUUAAUAGAUCAUUUAAAAAUCUGAAAUCCUGAAAGACAGUGCCUUCCAUAUAUCCUAUAAAAAAAAGGUUUUAGAAUAUUUAAAAUCUUUUAAUAAGAAUUACUAAAAGGUCAUUGUAGGUGAUGAUAUUUUACCUGAAAGAUGACACUUUAUGACAGGACAACUAAGUAAAAGUAAACCCACUCAGGAGUCUGUAAAAUUACCAUUAUCUAUAGCAAUGCUGUACAAUAGAAAUAUUAUGCGUGUCACAAAUGCAAGCUACAUGUAUAAUUUUAAUUUUUUUCUAGUAGCUACAUUAAAAUUAGGAAUAAACAAUUAAAAUUAUUUUAGUUAUUAUUUUAUUUAAUCCAAUAUACAGUUGUUCCUCAGUAUCCAAGGGGGAUUGGUUCCAGGCCCCCGUGGAUUAUCCCUGGAUGCUCAAGUCCCUUAUAUAAAAUGCUGUACUAUUUGCAUAUAACCCACACACAUCCUCCCAAAUAUUUUAAAUCAUCUCUAAAUUACUUAUAAUACCUAAUACAGUGUAAAUGCUAGGUAAAUAGUUGUUAAUGCUUGCACUUAACACUGAAUACUUGCUCAGUCUUUGCAAGCACUUUAUCACAAACCAGAGACCAUUUUUGCCAUUGUAGGGGCACCACUAACACUUCCAUGAAUUUCACUUCUUUCUGCUGUAUCAUGCAAAUGCUCAAUUGGUUCUUACAAAUCUUAGGGCCCACUUCAGCAAGCAACAUGCCACUCUUCAAAAGAGCAGAUAUUUUUAUUUUCUUGUUGAGGGAUAGCACUUUCCACUCCCUCUUAACCUCUGAGGGAUUGCUCUGACCACUUCAUUGCUUUUUAGGAGCCAUUUUUUCACAGAAGUAAAAGGAGUGAACAGAACAAGACAAACAAUACUCAAACAACAAAUGCUGGGGAGAGACUGAGGAUCUGUGAGAUGGCAAGAGGCUGUAGCCUGGAAGCCUAGACAUAGCUUAAUUCGCAUACACUGAGCGUAGUGCUCUGUGAGCAGCAAAUUCAAGUUUUGCUUUUUGGAACUUACCUUUUUUUCCUAAAUAUUUUCAAUCUGUGGUUGGUUGAAUCCGCGGAUGUAGGACACAUGGAUAUGGAGGGCCACUUGUAUCUAAAAAUAUUAUAAUUUCAACAUGUAAGCAUAUAAAAAAUUAUUAAUGAGGUAUUUUAGCUUCUUUUUUUUUUCAGUAUUAUCUUUGAAACCCAGUGCAUAUCUUACAUUGAUUAAAUAUCUCCAUUUGAACUAGUCACAUUUCAAAGACUCAGCGGCAGAACUAUGUUCUAUCCUAAUAAUUAAAGUCAGGUAUAUAAAUACCUCUGUGUUAUAAUAAUGACCACAGCCACCUUUUAUUGAGUCCUUACUGUGUAGCAGUCACUGUGGGAAGUGAUUUCCAUAUUUUUCUUAUUUUACUCUUAGUGCAACUUUAUGACAUAGAUGCCGUUUUCAACCCUAUUCUCCACAUGGUAUAGCAAGAGAUUUAGGAUUUAGUGGCUUACUCAAAGCUAUGGAGUUAACAAGUAAUGGACCAGAGAUUCAAACAUGAAGAUGUACAAGUGUAUUAACUGAGACGUAUAGUUACUUUAUGUUUCUAGGUGAUUUUGUUUUUAUUUUUUUAAGCGAAGAUAGCAGAUUUGGUUCUAGGAGAAAAUAGAUUGUCGAAAAAUUAAUUACAGUGGUUUGAUAGUUGGAAAAAUAAGAGACUACUGAUAAUAAAGUAAAUUACUAUAAAUCAUAAAGGGGAAAAAGAUGUGAUAUUACAGAGAUUAUGUUAUUGAAGGAAAAGAGCCUUACAUCUUUGGUGAAUAAAACAAAAAAUGAGUGGAGGUAGGACAGAUAAUGGAGUCCCUAGGUAGUGCAAACACUUAACAUACUAAGCUGCUAACUGAAAGAUUGAAGGUUAGAGCCUACCCAGAGGCACCUGGGGGGAAAAAAGGUUGCCAUAGAGUUGACUUCAACUCAUAGUGACCCAAGGUCUGGCAGUUUACUCCUGAAAGAUCAGCCACUGGAGCACAGUUCUAUCUUGACACACAUGGGGUUGCCAUGAGCUGGAAUAGACUUGACGUCAGCUGGUUCUGGUUUACAAAGGAAAAUAGUGUAUUCUGGAUGAGUGUUAACAAAGUAUAAAAGUAAAUUAAUUUGAUGAAACACAAAAAGUUGAACCUCUAUAAGUAUACUGAAAUAAAAUCAGUAGCAGAAGUGUUUAUAAAACUGGAGAAUUAUUUUAAGUCUAUAUUUUCUAAAAUGUGACAUUACUAGCCUAAAAGCCAAGAGAUUUGACACAAAAUAUGGUGCCUAAAGAACUAAAAUGAGUGUUAUGCAAGUCUGAUUUGGGCAAAAUCAAAGAUGAGUGUGUGAGUUAGUAGUAUGAAUUUGGAGGCCUAGGAAAAUCAUUAAUAAAAAAAUGUCUUUCUUCUCAUGGUUCUACAGAGAUUCUCCACUGCUACCUAGCACAUUGUAGUGAGUCUCUUCCCUCUCUCCGUUAUCUACAUUUGCCUGUUAUUUUGUGUGCAUCAGUUCCUUUAGUCUUACUGCUCUUUCAGCCUGGGAAUUAGGUCUUUUUUUUUUUUUUCCCAAACACUAAGCUGUAUUUUCCCCACCAUUCAAGAUACUGCUUGGAAUCAAUCUACUUCAGGAACCAUCCCCAAACCACAGAUGGUAAAUAUAGUAUCCUCCAAGGAGGGAAACAGUGGCGUGGAUAAUUUACACAAAUGUUCUAAUUCCUUAGGUUAGGUAAUGCCAUAGGGUAAGUGGGUCUGCUUUGUUUUAUAGUCUCUUUCCCACAUCAACCUACACAUACCUGUGGUUCAUCCCACAUACUCUUCUUUUCAAUCAGGUCUGUAUCCUUUUUCUUAAGCCUUUUUCUCCUGUUUGUUGUUCACCUAGGAGUUUAUAAAAAAAAAAAAUCAAGCAAAGAUAACAUUAAUAUUCACAAAUAUAUAGAAAGUAAAAAGAAUUGAUUAGGGCUAGUAAGUGCUUUACUUCCAUCCGUGAAAGAGAUUUUAACUUACUAGGUGACUGAAAGAGAUACAUUGUUGUUGUUGUUAGUUGCUGUUGACUUGAUUCUGACUCGUAGACACCCCACAGUAGAGUUGAAAUUGAGCAUGACCUUUGAAGUCCGCAAACCACAUGAUCCCAAGACUUAUUUUCUUUGUAAUAUUGUUUAAGCUUUUUAAUUUUUCUUAGCCUCAGUUUCCUCAUCUAAGAUGGAAACAAGAAUACCUAUCUUGCAGAGCUAUUUUACUUACUUACUCAUUAAUGAAUUUUUGUUGGGCAAAUAGCAUGUGCAACAUACUAUGUUCAACACAAGAGAUAAAAGUAAUAACAAUCCCCACAUUCAAGAGAUUAGAUUAAAGAGAAAUAGAAACAAUAUCAAAUGUUAGUACAAAGUAUUUUAAAGUGGUGUGUGCAGAGAGAAGGGAGAGUUAAAAAUUUUACUCUGGAGGAUAAAGAGAUCAGUCAGGAAAACAUUAAGCAGUUGACAUCCGAGCUAUAAUGGGGGAAGGACAGAGGUUAUGAGGAGGAGGCAUUCUAGAUAUUUAUGAAUAUAUUCAUUCGUUGGUUUUUUUAUUCAGGAUAUAUUUAUUUUGUGCCCAACAUCAUGUGAACAUAGUGGUAAAGAAAAAAGAUGUCCAUUUCUAAGAUAUGCUUGUUUCCCUGUUCUCACACUGCUUACAGUCCAUGUGGAAGAGAGAUACCUAGGGUAACAGAGCACCCUUAAAAGACCUCCACUUAAAUGAACUGACAAAUUAACCAAUAGUGUCAAUUUCCUUUGCAUAACAAAAUUAAUGUUCAGGGCUCAAGGAAAGCUCACAGCCAGUAGGCUAUGCUCCAGUAAGCCCACAUACUUUUCUUUUCAUUGGUUGAGUUGCGUGCUUGCCAAGAAUUAGUUGAUUAUUCCCAAACGAUUUAUGCCAGUUGACUUAUUAUUGUAACUAUGUAAUAUAAUUAAACAUUGCUUACAUAAUUCAGUUAAAUAGAGUAAAAAAUGAGAAUUGUGUCUUUGACGAUUAAGUUGAAUAUUUUGGAAAGACUCAAUAAAAGAAUCAUUAAAAACAUUUCUAUGAAUUAAAUAUAGAAAAUACUCAACAAAAAAAUGUUAAUAAUCCCCCAAAUUCUACACUCAUAAUGGUUUGUAAAUGUCUUCAAGUUUUCACUCCACUUUAUUAAAAGUGAAACUAGAAAUUACAGAUGGUAUACUUUCUUUACAGCUGUUUAAGAAAGACAUCAUGGACCUUCCAUCAGUGGCCCCAAACUCAAAGCAAAGGUCAUAGUUCUGCAUAAGCAAAAUUGGUGAACAAUUGUGUAUUUAAAUAUAUUAGGUUAAAAUAAAUACUUGAGGAAUGUAGAAUUUGUGUAAUUCCCCUAUUUUAGUCUACUUUAAUCAUUAGCUGACCAACCUUUAUUCAAAAUCACAUGGAUAAGAGGACUUCUAAUAAAGAAAUAAAAUAUAUGUUAUAACCUGCUAAGUACUAUGGCCUUAAACCCAAAAACCCAGUGCUAUCGAGUCGAUCCCAACUCAUAGUGACCCUGUAAGACAGAGUAGAACUGUCCCAUAGAGUUUCCAAGAAGCACCUGGCGGAUUCAAACUGCUGACCCUUUGGUUAGCAACCGUAGCACUUAAACACUACGCCACCAGGGUUUCCUUUAUGGCCUUAGGAAUCAAUAAGUAAGUAAACUUCUUUGGUAAUGUCAAGACUACAGAACAAGAACUCUGAAAUGGGGGUAAGCCAGGCAAAGGAGGAAGCAGGAAAAGGAGAGCAUUUCAGGCAGGCAAAAAAGAGAGAAAAGGAGAGAGACGAGGAGCUGAAAAUUUUUUAAUGUGGUUGGUCCAUACAGUGUCAGGGGGCACAUGGGUAGAUAGUCUGGGUUGGUGGGGUUGGGGGACCAGAUGCAGAUCUUGGAAAGCCUUAGAAAUUUUGUUAAAUCUUUUAACUUUAUCUUGAAGGAUUUUAAAUUAGGGUUUACAUUAUCAGAUUCGAAUUGAAGUAAAACUCUAGUUAAAUGUUGAGGAGGAUAAGUUGAUAAGGAGCAAGAUAGACGACCCACCCAUCACUGUCCAGUUGAUUCCAACUCAUAGCAACUCUAUAGGACAGAGUAGAACUGUCCCAUAGGGUUUUCAAGAAGCAGCUGGUGGCUUCAAACUUUUGGCCUUCCAGUUAACAGCAGAACUCUUAACUACUGCGCCACCAGGGUUCUGAGAUUAGGGACAGGGACAGGGAGACAAAUUAAUCUAGCUAAGAGGUAAUGGAAACCUGAAUUAAGGUAGUAGCAAUAAUAUUGGAAAGAUAUGAUGGAUUUUAGAUAUAGUUGUGAGGUAUAAUCAACAAGAUAUAGCAAUUGGUUGAAAUAUAGGGGGUCAAAAAAGUAGAAGAUAUUAAAAAAAAAAAAAAGUCUCCUAGACUUCUGGCUUGAGAAAUUGGGUGAGUAGUGUCAUUUACAGAAGUGUGCAACUUUAGUGAAAAAGAGUCUGGUUAGGGACAGUGGGGUAUGAGCUCAGUUCUGAAAGUAUUGUGCUUGUGUCACAAGAUCAUCAAGUGGAAAAGUCCUAUGAGCCACUGGGUAUAUAGGGGUCAGGCAAAAAAUAAGGCUAGAAACAGAGAAUUGGUUGGUGUUUAUAGAUAGUAAUUGAAGUCAUAAAGAGCUGAGAUAUCUCUCAAAGAGAGUUAGUAAGUUAGAAUGAAAGAGAACAGAAGAAGUAGAAACUCCUUAGGAAAGAAAGUAUUGAAGGUAUGGGUAGGAAAAAAAAAGUCCGAGAUGGGAACAGGAAAUUUAAGUAAGGAACAGCCAAAGAUUUAGGAGGAAGGAGUUUGGUGCCCAUUGCUACUGAGUGAAAAAUGUCCAUAGGUGACCAGGAUUGAGGGCGUAUUCAUUGGAGUGUUUGGAGACUAAGGCAGACUACUGUGAGUGGUGGAGGGAGUGGAAGGUGAUGAAAAUGCCAUCAGUUUGCAGAAUUUCUAAAGUCAUGUGCAAGAUGGAGUAUGGAAAGAGAAACGCCUGAAAAAAGCUGGAAAAUGUCAGGCCUUGUAUGACAGUCUAAAGGGGGUUGAAUUUGUGCUGUAGAAAAUGCAGGGUAUAUUGUAAAGUCUGAAUAAUAGAAACUAGCUCACUUUGACCCUAAUGUGGAGGAUGGGAUUCAUGUGGGCUGAGAGCAUCAGUAAAGGAAGGUAGCUAACACAAAUCCUCUCCACCAUGGUAUAGUGGCACACAGGUGUGCUGCAAGCAGUUUGCUACUAAAAAUAUGGUACUCAAAUUUGCACAAGACUUAAGUAAAUCAGAGCAGAUUCAAGUGAACCUCUUUAAUGUCACUUUUACUUUUAUUCUAGUACGUUUUCUCGUAGAAAGGGAAAGAAAGAGAUAGCAUUACACCCUAAACUUUUGAAAUAAUACUUAACCUUGAGUAUGUCUGUGGGAGUGAGUCUCACAUGUGAACACCAUCGAUCAUGUGUAUUGAUACCAGGAAAAAAGUUUGAGAACCACUGAAUUAGAGACAAUUGCAAUCAUCGAUAGAGAUGACUAGAUCCUAAUUAGUCAUUAUCAGCGGGGAUGGAAAAGAGAGAAGAUUGUUGGAGAGAAGUUACAGAGUUAGAAAUGACAGGAUUUGGAAACUGAUUGGAUGUGAGAAGUGAGGCAGCAUCCCAAAGAUCGCAGUGUUCUUUAUUGGCUGCUUUUUACACGUCAGGCACUCCGCUAAGAACAAAGAUAACAUGCCUCAUCCCAUUUCAUCUUCAGCCUUGCCAAGUAGGUAUUUAUGCCCAUUUUACAAGUAUAAAACCGAAGUUUAUAAAGCUCAAGCAGUUUUCCCAAAGGUCAUCCAAAUUUUAAGUCAUAUAGAUGAGGUUCAAACCCAGAUCUGCCUGAUUCAAAAUCGAUGCUGUCACUCACUACGCUGUACUGCACCCUAAAUCUAGAAUGACUUUCAUGUUGUAUGUUUGGUUGUAUGGUGGAAGCAUCAAAUUCAAAUGGUAAAUACAAAUUGAAGAUAAGAUUUGGGGGAAAAAUGAAUUUAAUUUUAAAUAUUCUAUUUUUAAAAGCCUGGAGAAUAUCCCUGGUGAAGAUGUCUAAUAGGCAGUUACAUACAUAAGUCUAAAAUUUAGGGAGCUGACUUGGACAAAGAUAAAGAUUUGUGAGGCAUCAGCAUUUAAAUUGUGCCAGUCACAGAAUGGAUGAGAUUUCCCAGGGAGACUGCAGCAUGAGAAGCAGAGAGCUAAGAAACACCAAAAUUAAAAAGGAGGCCAGAGAGAAGUAUCAGCAAAGGAGAAAGAGAAGAAAUGUUAAUAUAGAUCAGAGAGAAGUAACAGAAGGGUACUACCACACCAAAGCAGGUGAGAGUUGCAUGAGAAGCAGUUGAUGAAAUAUUACCAAAUGUUAUGAAAUGGCCAAGUAAGUUGAAGAUUGAAAAGAUUGCAUUAGAGUAAGGGGAUUGUGAGUGAGAAAUACAAGUUAGAAAAGCAUGAGAUUUAAUUAUUAAUGAUAACACCCAGUAUUGUCAAAGAUCUGGGAGAUGAUUGUCACGUACAGCUUAUAGGAAAGAAAAGCUAUACAACUUUUGAAGGGCAAUUGCCAGUGCUUUUUAAAAGCUAGCAUUUUAAUUUAGAGAUUUUCCUAAAGAAACUAAAAGAAAUGACAAUGUUCAUUACAGCUUUGUUUAUGAUAGCAGGUAUAUCACAGUAGUUGAGAGCACUCACUCUGGAGCCAGACAGCCUAGGUUGGAAUCCUGACUCUGCCACUUAUUAGCUCUGUGACCUUGGGCAAGUUAUUUAACCUCUCUGUGCCUCACUUUCUUGAUCUGUAAAUAGGGACAGUAAAAGGAUAACUAUUGUUACUAGGGUUAUUAUACCCUAAUUGAAUUUUAAAAGAAUUAAAUGAGUAAAACACUAUAAAGUGUUUAGAACAAUGCCUGACACGUAAGAUCUAAUUGUUAGCUAAAUAAAUAAAGAUAAAAACUAACCAAAAUAUCAAAUGUCAGAAUUGAUGAAAAGAACAUAUACAUCUAUGCCUUAUGAUAACAUGUAACCCUGAAAAAUUAUGAAAUUGACCAUUUCACAAUAUUGAAAGAUAUUAAUAAAGAUCAUAAUUAAUUAGAAAAGUUAUAAGCCAUAUGAAUAGAAUAAUCCUAUUUGUGAGUAAACAAAGUGUGUGCAUAUGUUAGAUGUACAUAACAAUUUUUAGAAGAAUAUAUAACAAAGUGCUUAAUUCUGGGGGUUCAAUUAUGGAUUUAUUUUAUGCUUUGAUUUUCCACAUUUAUAAAUUAUUUAUUAUUAAUAAGCUAUUGUGAUAAGAAAAAAGUUAAAAGCAUCCUGGAGAUCAGGAAUAUCAAGUCAUAAUUAUUCUUUGACAAAAGUUGUCUGUGAAAGGAACUAAAGUUAGGGCUUAGCACUGAGAGCAUAUUUAUAACUAUGGAGAAGCAGCAUAUGUAAAAUGCUUUAUAGAAUCCUGCCACCUGAGUGGCUGCUGAUAAAUAAGGGCUAUAAUACCCACCCCUCACUUAUUGACAUGUUUUGGUUCCAAAGACCAGGUCAUUAUGCAAAAAUCAGCAUUAUGCAAAAAUGGAGGAUGACCACAUCAGAUCACAAAAUGGAGGAUGACUACAUCUUUACAUAACUGCCAAAUUACAUCAUUACAUAACUGCCAAGUUAUAUCAUUACAUAACUGCCAACUUAUAUCAUUACAUAACUGCCAAAGCACUGAGAAUCAAGUUGAUUCUUAACCAUCACAGCCAGCUUCACUCUUGCCUUCCACUUCGGCAUUCGUUACUACCAGAUGUACAUCAUUAAUGUGCUAGUGAGAAAGAAGGUUUUUUUUUUUUUGCUGACUGUGUUGUUUUUUUUUUUUUCUAAUCAUGUAUAAGGUGAAAGUAUACAGCACAAAUUAGUUUCUCAUUCAAAAAUUUAUAAACAUAUUAUUUUGUGACAUUAGUUCCAAUCCCUGCAAUGUGUCAGUACUAUCCUUCUUUUCCCUUAUACCCCAGGUUCCCUGUAUCCAUUCAUCCAGGUUUCCUGUCCCUUCCUGCCUUCUAGUUUUUACUUAGGGGGAAGUGUUGCCCAUUGGGUCUUGUAUACUUGAUUGAACUAAGAAGGACAUUCCUCACGUGUAUUAUUGUUUGUUUUAUAGGCCUAUCUAAUCUUGGCUAAAAAGUAGACUUGGGGUGGCUUCAGUUCUGAGUUACCAGGUUGUCUGGGGACCAUAGUCCCAGGAGUUCCUCCAGUCCCUGUCAGACCAAUAAGUCUGAUCUUUUUUGUGAAGAGUUUUUUCUACAUUUUUCUCCUGCUCUGUCUGGGAUCGUCUAUUGCAAUCCCUGUCAGGGUACAUUUCUAGAAAUUUGUUCUUUUCCUCUAGGUUCUCAAAUGUUUUGGAAUAUAAUUUUUCAUAGUAUUCUGUUAUGAUCCUUCUCAUUUCAGCUGAUUCUGUUGUGAUAUCACCCAUCUCAUUUCUUUUUCAGGUUCUUUGCCACCUCUCCUGUUUUUCUUUUGUCAGUUUUGCCAGUGGUUUGUUGAUUUUGUUGAUCUUUUCAAAGCCCCAGCUUUUGGUCCUGUUGAUUCUUCUGUUGUUUUUCUGUUUUGUAUUCAUUUCUGCUCUAAUCAUUAUUUUUCCCUUUCCUCUGGUGGUUGUGGGCUUCCUUUGCUGUUCUAUUCUUAUUUGUUCACAUUGUAGGGCUAAUGUUUCCAUUUUGGUCUGUCCUUUUUUGAUAUGUGUGCAUUUAUUGCUAUAAAUUGACCUCUGAGUACUGCCUUUGCUGUUUCUCAAAAGUUUUGGUAUGAUGUGUUUUCAUUCACAAUGGAUUCGAGGAAUUUUUUUAUUUCCUUUUUGAUUUCUUCUAUCACCCAGUUGUUAAGCAAGGUGUUAUUCAGUUUCCGUGUAAUUGUUUUUUGUUUUCUUUGGCCUUCCUGUUAUUGAUUUCUACUUUUAUGGCAUUGUGAUCAGAGAGAAUGCUUUGUAUUAUUUCGACAUUUUAGAUUUUAUUGGAGGUUGCUUUGUGGCCUAAAAUGUGAUCUAUUCUGGAGAAUGUUCUGUGUGCAUUGGAAAAGAAUGUAUACUUUGGUGCUUUUGAGUGGAGUGUUCUAUAUAUGUCUCUGAGGUCAAGUUGCUUGAUUUUGGCCUUUAGGUCUCCUGUAUCUCUGUUGAGUCUCUUUCUAAAUGUUCUGUUCUUUAACAAGAAUGAUGUGUUGAAGUCUCCUGCUACUGUUGUGGAACUAUUUCUCUUUUCAGUGCUAUUAGAGUUUGUUUUAUGUACUUUGGAGCCCCAUCGUUGGGUACGUAGAUACUUAUUCAGGCUAUGUCUUCUUGGUGGAUUGUCCCUUUAAUCUUUAUAUAAUGUCCUCCCUUGUCUUUUGUGGUUGCCUUACAGUCUAUUUUUUCUGAGAUUAGUAUUGCCACUCCUGUCCUUUUUUGGUUACAGUUUGCUUAAUAUAUUUUUUCCAUCCUUUGAUUUUUAAUAUAUUUAUGUCUUAGUGUCUAAGGUGUGUCUCUUAUAGACAGCAUAUUGAUGGGUCAUGAUUUUUUAUCCAUUCUGCCACUCUCUGUCUCUUUACGGGUGCAUUUAAGCCAUUUACUUUCAGGGUAAUUAUCAGUAAGUAUGAGUUUUUAUUGCUGUCAUAUUGUUGUGCUUUUUAUUUUUAUAAAUGGUGCUGACAUUUCCUUUGUUCCUCUUACUUUCCUAUGCUAAGUUCCUUUUGUCUGUGGAUUUUCUUUUCUGUCAUUAUACAUUUCAUGUUUAAUGAGUCCUUAUGCUUUUCUUCUUUUUUAUUCUGAUGAGUAGGUUUGUUAACUUUCAUUUUGGUUACCUUGAUAUUUACUGUUAUCUUCCUAAGUUUGAACCAGUCUUAUAUUAAUUGAUAUUGCUUUGACUUCCUCUCCAUUUGAAAGUUCUGUACCUACACUGUUUAUUCUUUUUAUUGUUUGAUAUUGUUAUUAUUUACUGGUUGACAUCUCUGUUUCCCUGUUUCAAGUCUUAUAGCUUUCUUUUAUUAUCGAGAGUUUUUUUUUUACCUAGGUUGGUAUCUGGCUGAUGCUGUCCUGUGUCCUAGACUCUGGUUGUUUCUGAUGUUGUUGGUUCUGUAACCAAAGAACCCCCUUUAAUAUUACUUGUAACUUUGAUUUGGUUUUAUGAAUUCCCUUAAUUUCUGUUUACAUGGAAAUGUCCUAAUUUCACUAUCAUAUUUGUGAAAGAGUUUUGAGGAUAUAUUAUUCUUGGUUGGCAGUUUUUUUUUCUUUCAAGGUUUUAUAUACAGCAUCCUAUAGCCUUCUUGCCUGCACAGUUUCUGCCAAGUAAUCAGAGUUUAGUCUUAUUGUUUCCCCUUUGUAAGUGACGUUUCGUUUCUCUUGAGCUGCUCUCUGGAUACUUUCUUUCUUUGGUUUUGACAAAUGUGUUUAUGAUAUGUCUUGGUAAGUUUCUUUUGGGGUCUAUUGUAUAUGGGGUUUGUUGAGCUUCUUGGAUGGUCAGCUUUUCAUCUUUCAUGAUAUUUGGGAAGUUUUCUGCCAGCAAAUCUUACACAAUCUUCUCUGGUUUCCAUUUUAUCCUCCUAUUGUGGAACUCUGAUCACAAGCAUAUUUUUCUCUUGAUUGUGUUCCACAUAGUUCUUAGGUUUUCUUCAUUCUUUUCUCUGAUUUUUCCUCAAAGUAGCAUCCAUGAAUUUGUCUUCAAUUUCACUGGUUCUGUCUUCCAGUGUUUCAAAUUUUCUCUUAAGGCCUUCUAUUGAAUUGGCCGUUUCUGAAAUUUUGGAUUUCUAGUUGCUGUUUUUGUCUGAUUUCUAAUUGUUUAUUUUGAUAUUUUGUUCUUCUAUUAUUUAUUAUUAUUCUGUUGCUUUGGCUGUAUUUGCCUUGAUUUUGGCUGUUUUCCUUGGUGUUUUCAAUGAUUUCAUCUAUUUUUUCCUUGGCUUUAUCUGUGUUUUCCUUGAUCUCUUUCCUAAUCUCUUGAACAGCCCUAAAUAUUAGUCUUUUGAAUUCCAUAUCAGGUAGUUCCACUGCCUUUUCUUCUGCCAGAAGGGUGUCUUAUUAUUUGGUCACUUGCGGGAGUCAUCUUAUUCUGCUUUUUUAUAUUUUUUGAUACUGUCUGCUGUUUCCAAGAAAUUAAGAUAUUAUUUUCUGUGUUUAUCGAUUGUAUAUUAGUAUGUUUCAUCCUGCUUUUUUGUUUCUUUUUUAUAUGUCAGGGUGGACAGGCCGACCAUGCUUUGCUGCUUGCUCAUCUGUGAGCAUGAUAGCUCUCAUCACCUUGUCUGGGUGGGCAGAGCAGCACCAGGCAGGACAAGCCCACUUUGUUAUACACUGGUUUGGUGAGAUGGCUGAGGGUGGACUGGGUGGGUGCUGUUGUUGGUACAGGAAUGUAGGAGUGUUCACAACCCGUUGCCAGAUAGGCAAAGGUGUCAGACAGGGAGUGGUAGAGGCUCACUUCCCACUGUUCAGCAGCUGGUCAAGUGGUGCAGUGUGGACCCAGUGAGGUGGUAGGCCAGAGUGCCAGGGGCACUCUAGCUGUAACAGUGAAGCGGAGUCCUGCAGGAAGGGGGUGUGGUGCCUGGGGUGGGUACUCUGUCUCCUGUUGGGAGCUCCUUAAAGUUGCCUUCCCAUACUCCCUGUCUGGGGUCCUUGUUGGCUAUGUUUCAAGGUGGCAAUGCUGUGCCAUUUUAGUUAGCAGGGAGCUUCCACUCCCUCUCUCUCCUCAUUCUCUGUUUUCCAUCAUUUUCUUCUAACAUUUGGUGUUUGAUCUAGAUUUUUAUGCCUUCAUUUGAUGCCUAGGUUUCCAAGAUUGAUGUGUUUAUAUGUGUCUUACUUAGUUUUUCGGGUCUUUGCUGCACAGUAUCGGCAUGGUGUGUCUGUCUGUGGUGCUAUGUUGGCUCCACUUGGAUAGUAGAUUUUUUACUAUUGUUGUAAUUGCAGAAUGUCAGGUAAUGAGAUAGCCAAUAAGUGAGGAAUGGGUAUAUUAGUAUAUAUUUCAUUAAAAUUUCUUCAGACCUUGUAGACUUCCAGCACCAGCACAACUCUACUGAAAAACUACGAGCAGUGGGUAAGAGAAGAAAAACCAAAAAUGGGGAGCGUUUCUAGAAAGACAGCUCCCAUGGGGGUGAGUUAUGGACACUGAUCUUCCUGGUCAGGGCAGUGUCCAGAGCUGAUCAAUUAUAGGGACUACAAGGGAGAUGAGACUCAAGGUGUCAGACAAUCUGUAAAAUAGCUAAGAAAAGUAAAUACAUAUUGUUUUAAGAUGCUUUCUUCCUACCUGUCCUUUAUACAAACUUGCUUUAGUAUCUGACUAUCUUAGUUAUCUAGUGCUGCUAUAACAGAAAUACCACAAGUGAAUGGCUUUUAAAAAUAGGAAUUUAUUCUCUUACAGUUUGGAAGGCUAGAAAUCCAAAUUCAGGGUGCCAGCUCCAGGGAUGUCUUUCUCUCUCCCUUAGCUCAGGGGUAGGUGCUUGUUAUUAAUCUUCUCCUGCUCUAGGAGCUUCUCAGCAUAGAGACCUUAGGCCCAAAGGACACGCUCUGCUCCUGCCUCAACUUGCUUGGUGGUAGGAGUUCCCCUCUCCUCUCUGCUCCUUUCUCUCUUUUAUAUCUCAAGAGAGUUUGACUGAAGACACAACCUAAUUCUGUAAAUUGAGUCCUGCCUUCUUAACGUAACUACCUCUUAAUCCUGCCUCAUUAACAUCAUAGAGGUUAGGAUUUACAACAUAUAGGAUAAUCACAAAAUGGUAGACAACUACACAGUAUUAGGAAUCAUGGCCUAGCCAAGUUGACACACAUUCUUGGGGGAUACAAUUCAAUGCAUAACAUUAACUAUUUGGGCUAAAUAUUCUUGGGUUAAUCUACAGAAUCUAUAAUAUCUAUAGCAUAGAUUAUAAACCCCAAAGGUUUAUGGUUUACCUCCAUCCCAUAAUGCUUCCUCCUGUGCUAAUUUUUUUACACAUUCAAUAAACUUUAUUAAGAAAUUAAUGGAAUGUGCAGCAUAAAAGCAGCACAAUUGAAAUAAUUUAAAUUAGCUACUAAAUAAUUUUAAAUGCCUGUUUUUAAAAAACAAGACUCAUUUUGUUUUGAUUUUCCAAAUUCUUGUUUAUAUUAUGGACUGAAAUUCUAAAAGUAAUAGCAAAUAAAAUCCCAGAAGACUUGUUAAUUUGCAUCCAGAAUUCUUAUCAGAACAUAACUUAGGUGACCUUAGAACUUUGCCAAUUUUAAGAAUUAUAAAAAGUACAACUUUUGAACCAGUUAUCAUCAAAUCAAAGCAGUACGAUAGUAGAAGGGCUAAUGCAAUAAUUAUAAUCUGUAAAAAAAAAACCGAAACUUUGAGGUCAAAUAAAAGCACAAUUUUAAAAGAAAAUUCAGAGUAUAUUGUGCAUAUGCUUCAGAAUAAAGAUAAACAUACCAUUCAGAAAAGAGCUUAAAUUCAGAUGUCAUUUCCAUCAAGUUCUGAGUCAAUGACCCAAUCUUGUCUUAAAAUUUUAGUCUGAGAUAAUAAGCCUGUUCUUGCACCUAACCUUUCUAGAUGUGUAAGUUUCCACGUUUGGACAAAGCACAGCCAUGUUAUCUGAAUAGACAAGUCUAGUAGUUUCAAAGUUCAGGCAGAGGAGAGAACACAAAAGAAGGACUUGUCACUACAUUAGUAAUUUGCCACAACUCCAUAACUAAGCCCCUGACUUCCCUGUCCCCUUUCUUCAGCCCCGCUCCCACCUCUUUCCCCCAUCCUGGUGUAUAGACAAACAAGCCCUCCAAUCUAAUUCUUAUCAAGAUGGAAACAAGGCCAGACCUGCUCUUCAAGAUAAAAUGCUCUGGCUUCUAACUGCCUGGCUGCUUAUCUUUCAUCUUGCAGUGUUAACCAUAACCCCUUUCCUGACCUGCUCUACUUCUUGUUUUCAGAUGAGCAAUAGGGACUAGGGGAAAUACAUGCUUAAAUGGACAAGUUCACUCUCUCACGUCCCUCUCCAUUCCUUUUAAAGUCUAUUCAAACCUCUUCAUUUUGAAAAUUUCUUUCUAAAAUUAUCAGAAAUAACGUUGCAUGCACUACCUGUAAUGUGGUUUAUUUCUAAAAUGUCUUCUGAUUUUUACUCUUUCUACUGAACAUUGUCACAUAUAUCUUUCUUUAAAAAAAGUAAAAUUAUCCUGUGAAUUUUUGGGGAGAGAGGCUAGCAUUUAUGAGGAAUGGCAGAUCUUUUUUUCUUCUCUUUUUUUCCCAUUGCCGAGAUCCUAAUAAACUGAAUCAUGUACUCAUCUAAGCUGUUUGGUUUGGCUUACUGAAUUCUUGCAUUUUCAUCCAAACAAAGCAUUGCAAUUUUCUGUUCUUUCCUGAGCAAAUGAAAGUUAAUAGACUGUAGACAUUCAGCAGUCAUGCAAUGUAACUACUAGGCUUGGGCUAGCUUGCUGUGUGAUGUUAACUGUGGCACUACCCUUCCAUGACCCUGUUUCUUGGUACAUGAAGUGGGAAGAUGAAAAAUGAGCCAAAUUCCCUCUGUUCAUGAGAGUCCUAGGAAAUGGAAUUUUCCUAUAUUUUGGAGAAACUAUUACAUUAAACUGUGUGAGAUUGUACAGGGCCCCAAUGUUGUAAACACAAUGUUCUGGUUUAUGACACCGUUAGCCCACACAAAUUCAUGUACUGGAACCUGCAUGUCCUUGAUAAUAUGAGAGUCUUCCCAAAAUGAUUUAAGCUCCUUGGAAGAAUAUUAAUGUGCUAAUUGUUUCUUAGUUUUUUCUUCGUAGCAUAAGUCUAUAUUACACCUUGAAAAUUAUCUCAUAGGUGCCCUGCUGAUUCAGGUAUCCCACUGUAUUUGCUUAAAUUAGGAAAGAUUGAAUCCUGGAAUUACAGCUCCUUUUCAUUUUUCAUAUUUUUCCUGAAAAUUAGGAAUCUAAUUGACUUUUGAAGCCAGUUGUUUGUGUCAAUUUUAUCAAUAUUGACAAAAUAGUAUCAUUGAAUUUAUUUAAUAAUAUCUGUUAUAUAAUGCUUGCUGUGUACAAGGUAUUUUAUUAAGUGCUAAUGGAAAAAAAAAAAAAGAUAAAUACCUGCCUUUAAAGAAUUAAUAAUUUUAUGCCAGAAUAACAAACUAUAUAUUUGCUCUUAACUAUGGCAUUCUCAUAAGAUUAAUGACUCUGUGUUCAGGACACCACAUUCCUGAAAAUCAGGAGAAAAUAAACUUCUCAGCUCAUAGUUCACUGUAUCCAUAAAUGUGGUUCUACAGUUUCUUUUAUGCUCAAAAUAAUUAAAUCUUUAAACAUUACUUUCCUUAAAGGAGAUUCCUACUUAUUAGAAAUGUGACUGUUUAUUUCUUAUUUCUUUUACAAAUUUUCAUGAACAUGUAAACUCUCAAAGAUGAUGAUGAAUGUGACUUUCCCCUGACUCUCAACUGAGACUGGGGAGUCUAAAGGGUAAUUGGGGAUUUGCCCAAGUUGAACGUAACUCCAUUUGUUGCUCUUCUAAUUGAAGUAGGGGGAUCUUUAGUAGCUUGUCACUUCUGAAAGUUCUCUUUUAGUUGCAUCUUUUCAUGGGAGUUUUUGUCUUUACUAUAUAACCCUAGUCUAACUGGUCUACUUCUUGUGUUAGAGACAUUUAAUGAAUUAAUUUUCAUAGACCUUGUGAAAAUUCAUUCAGGCACAUGAAAAAGAAAAUGUGAACUGAAUAACAGUGAGAAUGGAGAAGAGUGCAAGAUAUUUUGAAUGAAAAAAAUAGAGUAUGUGAUGAUUUACUGGAACGGGGAAGGAUAGAGCUAAAUCAAAUAUGAGAUUUCCAGUCUGGGCAAUAGAGAGAAGAAUGCAAUGGGGCUGACAUAAUGAAGCUGUGAGGGAAAGCUGAUAGGAAGUAUCUGAAAAGAAGUUCAGAGAAGUUCAGAGCUUGAAGAAAUAAAAUUUUCAAGUACAGCUGCCUGUACGUUAACAGAGCUACAGGCCUGGAGCUCGAACAAGAAGCUGGGGCUGGUGGUUCUGCUUUUUAAGAGCCGAUAGUGAGAAAGUUUCUGUAGUUCAUGAAGGGCAUUCAUAUUGGAGAGAAAAGCUCAAAUCUACAACAGUACCACAGUUGGGGGAUUUAAAAAGGAGGGGGAAUAAGAACAAAAUUAGAGGGCUAACACUACCUGAUUCAAGAAUUAUUAUUAAAGCUAUAGUAAUCAAGAUAAUGUAGUAUUGGUGUAAUGAUGGAGAACUAAGUCAAUGGAACAGAAUAGAAAGACAUCUACACACAUGCAAAACCCAUUGCCAUCAAGUCGAUUCCAACUCAUAGUGACUCUAAAAAUGAAAACCAAAACCGAACCCGUUUCCACUGAGUUGAUUCCAACUCAUAGCGACCCUAUAGGUCAGAGUAAAACUGAUUUUUGACGAAGUUGCAAGGGCAAUUCAAUGGAGAAAAAUAGUCUUUUCAACAAAUGGUGCUAGAAAUUCUGUUUGAACCCCUGCUGAGAAUUUGCAUUUCUACCCCAGAAUACUGACUCAGAAUCUACAGUUUAACAAGAUCCUCAGGUGAUUUUUAUGUAUAAUAAACUUUGAGAACCACUGCUCCACUAGUAGUUCUUAGAAUUGGUGCCUAACCAGCAGCAUUGGCAUCACCUGAGAGCUUGUUAGAAAUGCAGAUUCUCAGCAGGGGUUCCAACUAGAAAGGAACCUGUUCCAAGCCCUGGCUAGAACAAUUGCAUACCUAUAUACAAAAAAAGACUUUGAUUCAUACCUCACACCAUAUACAAAAACUAACUAGAAGUGAAUCAUAGACCUAGAUGUAAAACUUAAAACUAAAAUUUCAAAAAAAGGAAUAUAAGAAAAAUUUUGUCACCUUGGAUUUGGCAAACAUUUCUUAGAUAUUGCACCAAAAGCAUAAUCCACUAAAAAAUAACUCCAAACCUGUUGCCGUUGAGUCAAUUCUGACUGAUAGCAACCCUAUAAGACAGAGUAGAAAUGCCGCAUGGGGCUUCCAAGGAGUGCCUGGUGGAUUCGAACUGCCAACCUUUUGGUUAGCAGUUGUAGCUCUUAACCACUCUACCACUGGGUUUCCACCAAAGGGGGGUAAAAUAUGAUAAUUUGAAUUUCAUCAAAACUUAAAACUUCUUUUUGAAAGACACAAGAAGAAAGUCACAGACUGCUAGAAAAAUAUUUAAAAAUUAUGUAUCUAAUACAAGGACUUAUAUCCAGAAUAAAUGAAGAACUCUUAGAACUCAAUAUAAGAAAACAAAUAACUAAAUUAAAACAAAACUGGCAGAAGAUUUCAAGACACUUCACCUCUGAAGACAUACAGAUGGGAAAUAAACACAUGAAAAAGUGUUCAACAUCAUUAGCCAUUAGAGAAAUGCAAAUUAAAAUCAAAAUGAGAUACCACUACCCAUCUGUUAGAAUAGCUAAAAUUAAAAGAAUGACCAUACCAUAUGUUAUGGAAGAUUUAGAGGAACUGGAACUCCCAGACACUGCUGUUGGGAAUGUAAACUCUACGCCAUUUCAGGAAACAGUUUACCAGUUUUUGAAAAGGUUAAUAUAUACCAACCAUACAACCCCAUAUACCUGCCAUCUGUUCUACUCCUAGGUAUUUACCAAAGAGAAAUUGAAACAAAUAUUCAUCAGAAAGCUUGUACAGAAAUGCUCUAGGAGCUUUAUCUGUAAUAGCCCCAAACUGGAAAGAACUCAAAUGUCCAUCAGUAACCGAAUAAAAAAUUAUUGUCUAUUUAUACAAUAAAAUCCUACUCAACAAUAAAAAAAAAAGGAACUAUUAAUAUAUACAGCAUGACGAAUCCGAAAAUCCUUAUGCUGAGUGGAAGAAGCCAGACUCAAAAAAGAGUACUUUAUGAUACCGUUUAUGUAAAAUUCUAGAAAAUAAAAAUCUACAGAGAGCAGAUUAUUGCUUGCCUAAGGCUGAAGGAGGUAGGUAGCUAGGGACAGGAGAAAGAGAUUACAAAGGGGCAUGAGGAAGCAUUUGGGGUGAUGGAUAUAUUCACUAUCUCGUGUUCACUAUGAUUAGAUAUGUUCACUAUGCUGAUGGUUUAGUGUGUUUAAAUAUAUCAAAACUUAUCAAAUUGUACACUUAAAUAUUUUCAGUUUUUUGUAUAUCAAUUAUAACACAAUAAAACUGUUUAAAAAUGAUUAAUAAAUUCAUAGAAUCACCAGCUGAUUAUUGUCAGGUGCUGCCCAGUCAGUUCCGACUCACAGCAACCCUAUUUACAACAGAAUGAAAUACUGCCCAGUCCUGUGCCAUCCUCACAAUCAUUGCUUUAAGCUCAUUGUAGCCACUGUGUCAAUCCAUCUUGUCCAGGGUCUUUCUCUCUUUUGCUGUCUAUUUACUUUCCCAGUCAUAAUGUCCUUCUCCAGGGACUGAUUCCUCCUGAUAACAUUUCCAAAGUAUGUGAGAGAAGUCUUGGCAAUUCUUGCUUCUAAGGAGCAUUCUGGCUGUACCUCUCCAAGACAGAUUUGUUCAUUCUUCUGGCCCUCCAUGGUAUAGUCAAUCUUCUUUGCUAAAACCAUAAUUCAAAGGCAAAUUCUUCUUUGUUCUUCCUUAUUCAUUGUCCACCUUUCCCAUGCAUAGGAGGCAAUUGAAAAUACCAUGGCUUGGGUCAGGCGCACCUUAGUCCUCUAAGUGACAUCUCUGUAUUUUAACACUUUAAAGAGGUCUUUUGCAGCAGAUUUACCCAAUACAAUGUGCCAUUUGAUUUCUUGACUGCUGCUUCCAUGGGCGUUGAUUGUGAUCUAAGUAAAAUGAAAUCCUUUACAACAGUCUCUCCAUUUAUCAUGGGGUUGCUUAUCUUUUUGUUUUCUUUGUGUUGGAUUUUUGUUUUCUUUAUAUUGAGGGGUAAUCCAUAUAGAAAGCUGUGGUUUUUGAUGUUCAUCAGUAAGUGCUUCAAGUCCUCUUCACUCUCAGCAAGCAGGGCUGUGUCAUCUGCAUAACGCAGGUUGUUAAUUAGUCUUCCUCCAAUCAUGGUGCCCCGUUCUUCUUCAUAUGGUCCAGCAUCUUGGAUUAUUUGUUCAGCAUACAGAUUGAAUAAGUAUGGUGAAAGGAUACAACCCUGACUUUAAACUACGCAGUAUCCCCUUGUUCUGUUUGAAUGACUGCCAUUAGGUCUAUUUACAGGUUCCUCAUGAGCACAAUUAAGUAUAUGGAAUUCCCAUUCUUCACAAUGUUAUGCAUAAUGUGUUAUGAUCCACACAGUCGAAUGCCUUUGCAUAGUCAGUAAAACACAGGUAACAUCAUUCUGGUAUUCUCUGCUUUCAGCCAGGAUCCAUCUGACAUCAGCAAUGAUAUCCCUCGUUCUACAUCCUUUUGAACCCAGCUUGAAUUUCUGGUAGUUCCCUCUUGAUAUACUGCUGCAGCUAUUUUUGAAUUAUCUUCAGCAAAAUUUUACUUGUGAUAUUAAGGAUAAAAACCAAAACCAACCCUGUUGCUGUGGAGUCAAUUCCAACACACAGCAACCCUAUAGGACAGAGUAGAACUACCCUAUAGGACAGAGUAGAACUGCCCCAUAGGGUUUCCAGGGAGAGGGUGGUGGACUUGAACUGCCCACCUUUUGGUUAGCAGCCAAACAAUUAACCACUGCACCACCAGGGCUCCAAUAUUAAAGAUAUUGUUCAAUAAUUUUUGUAUUCUGUUGGAUCACCUUUCUUUGGAAUGGCCACAUAUGUGGAUCUCUUACAGUCAGUUAGUCAGGUAGCUGUCUUCCAAAUUUCUUGGCAUAGAUGAGUGAGCACUCCCAGUACGGCAUCCAUUUGUUGAAUCAUCUCAGUUGGUAUUCCAUCAAUUCCUGGAGCCUUGUUUUUCACCAAUGCCUUCAAUACAGCUUGGACUUCUUCCUUCAGUACCAUCAGUUCUUUAUCAUAUGCUACUUCCUCCUAAAAUGGUUGAACGCCGAUCACUUCUUUUUGGUACAGUGACUUUGUGUAUUCCUUUCAUCUUCUUUUGAUGCUUCCUAUGGCAUUCAAUAUUUUACCUAUAAAAUACCUGCAGUAUUACAACUCAAGGCUUGAAUUUUUUUCUUCUUGCUCUUUCAUCUUGAGAAAUCCUGAGCCUGUUCUUCCUUUCUGGUUUUCUAAUCCCAGGUCUUUGUACAUGUCAUUAAAAUACUCUGUCUUCUCAAGCUGCCCUUGAUAGACUAUGUUCAGCUCUUUUACUUCAUCAUUUCUUCCCUUAGCUUUAGCUAUCCUACAUUCAACAAGUUUCAGACUCUCUUCUGACAUCCAUUUUGGUCUUUUCUCUCUUUCCUGUCUUUUUAAUGAUGUUUUAUUUCUUCGUGUAUGAUGUCCUUGAUGUCAUCCCACAACUUGUUUCAUCUUUGGUUAUUAGUGUUCAAUACGUCAAAUCUGUUCUUGAGACGGUCUCUAAAAUCAGGUGGGAUAUGCUCACAGUUGUACUUUGCCUCUCGUGUACUUGUUUUAAUUUUCUUCAGCUUCAACUUGAACUUGCAUAUGAGCUUUUGAUGGUCUGUUCUGCAGUCAGCCCCUGGCCCUGUCCCGACUGAUGAUAUUGAGCUUCUCCAUUGUCUCUUUACACAAAUGUAAUCGAUUUGAUUCCUCUGUAUUCCACCUGAUGAGGUCCAUGUGUGUAAAAACCCAUUGCCAUUGAGUCCAUUUCGACUCAUAGUGACCUUAUAGGAAAAAGUAGAACUGCACAUAGCAUUUCCCAGAAGUGGCUGGUGCAUUGUAACUGCCAACCUUUUGGUUGGCAGCCAAGCCCUUAACCACUGUGUCACCAGGGCUCCUCCAUGUGUAUAGUCACUGUUUAUGUUGUUGAAAACAGAUAUUUCCAAUGAAUAGGUCACUGGUCUUGCAAAACUCUGUCAUGAGUGUUUUCUGUCACCAAGACCAUAUUUUCCAAGUACUAUUCCUUCUUUGUUUCCAACUUUCACAUUCUAAUCACCAAUAAUUAUCAAUACAUCUUGAUUACAUUGAUCAAUUUCAGACUGCAGAAUUUGUUUUUUUUUUAAAAAAAAACUUCAAUUUCUUCAUCUUUGGAAUUAGUGGGUGAGGCAUAAAUUUGAAUAAUAGCCGUAUUAACUGGUAUUCCUUGUAGGUGUAUGGAUAUUAUCCUAUCACUGACAGCAUUGUACUUCAGGAUAGAUCUUAAAAUGUUCUUUUUGACAAUGAAUGUGGCACCAUUCCUCUUUAAUUUGUUUUUCCCAACAUAGUAGACCAUAAGAUUGUCUGAUUCAUAGUGGCAAAUACCAGCCCAUUUCAGCUCUCUAAUGCCUAGGAUAUCAAUCUUCAAGUGUUCUAUUUCAUUUUUGACAACUUCCAAUUUUCCUAGAUUCAUACUUUGUACAUACCAUGUUCUGAUUAUUAAUGGAUGUUUGCAGCUGUUUUUUCUCUCAUUUUGAGUCAUGCUGCUUCAGCAGAUGAAAGUCCUGAAAGCUUUACUCCAUCCACAUCAUUAAGAUCAACUCUGUUUUGAGGAGACAGCUCUUUCCCAGUUGUAUUUUGAGAACAUUCAAAUCUGUGGGGCUCAUCUUCCAGCACUUUAUCAAUGUUCAGCUGCUAUUCCUAAGCUUUUCAGUAGCCAGUUUUUUUAUAAGUAGAUUGCCAGGUCCUUUUUCCUAAUCUGUCUUAGUCUGGAAGCUCCACUGAAACCUAUCUACCAUGGGUGAGCCUGCUGGUAUUUCAAAUACCAUUGAUACAGCCUCCAGCAUCAUAGCAACAUGCAGGCCAUCACAGUAUGACACAGUGACAGAUGAGAGGUGGACACCAGCUGAAAGAAUCCUUAUAAUAAUAAAAAAAAAAAGGAACCUACUGAAAGCUAUAAGAACAGAUGAAAGGGAACCAAGAAUGAAGCCAGUGUCUUAAUGAGUGUGUAGUUAGAAUAAGAUGACAUAGAGAUAUCAACAAAGAACACUAAGAGAAGUCCAAUGCAUUUGGCAAAAAGAAAGCCACUGAACAGCCCUGAUAGGGUAGCAUGAUGGAAGCCAGAAUAUCAGAGGCUUGAAGGGAAGCUGUGUCAAAUGAGAAGGAGGCAGCAGGUUUAGACCAUUUGUUGAAAAAGCUCUGCAAUGAGAGAAAUAGGACAGUAGCUAGAGGGGAAAGCAGGGAGCACUAAAAUGUUUUUGGUGAAGUUUAAAGGCAGGAAAAAAAAAAAGGAAUGAAGAAGAAACUGAAGAUUCUAGAGAUGAAGGCAAAACAUGUGGGAACAUGAUUCUUGAGGAAUUUGGAAGUGAUGGGAUCUAAGGCACAGGUGCCAGAGUGAGCCUUGGAAAGGAGAAAUCAGUAAUUGUUAACUCC